AUGGCCUUCCUUUUAUUGUUCAAAUCAUUAAUUUUGUCCCAGCUUCUUCUGCUUCUUCUUGUUUCAGCUCACGAUGGAAAGUGUCCACCCUCUUUUGAAUGUGGAUAUCUUGGGCAGAUCAGUUUCCCUUUCACAAUCACUCAACGCCAAGACUGUGGCGUAUUGGCUAUACAUGGCUGUGAUCUUAAGGAUCCCACGGCUCCCAAAACCAUCCAACUGAGCAAUACAACAACAACAACAACACGGUUUCCUAUUGUUACAAGCGUGGAUUCUAAAACCAUAACGAUCGCAGAUGAUGUUCUACGGAAGAAUUUGCUCUCCAAAAGUUGCAAAACCUUCAACAAUUAUACUCUUCCUCCCACCUCUCCUUUAGCUUCUUUCUACAUCAAAUAUAAUAUAACUAUGUUCAGAUGCAAUCACUCUCUCACUCUCACCAUUCCCAAAUUUUAUAACUACUCAAACUGCUCCGAUUACAAUAUCUACUACUAUAUCCCUCUAAAUACUGCAAAAGCUCCUGGUUUCAAGUUGCCAAGCUCUUUAGCACCGUGUUCAACGAUUCAGCUUCCAGUGAGAGACCAGUCUACUAGCGACCCCUUUGAUUUUCUAUCUCCACAGGUCUUAAUUCAAGUAGAAUUAUCUGAUGAUUGCCACAAAUGUCAUCGCAGUCAAAGAGGCCAAUGCCAACUUAACAACGAAGGAAAAUUCUAUUGCUGGAAAGCUGUUACAGCUACACUAGUGCUAUUAGUAGGCAUGCUUUGCUACACAAGAUGGAAGAAGCAAAGUUCAAACCGUCAACGGAUCGAUGCGUUUUUGAAGAGACACGAACCCCUUCCAACCAGGAGGUAUAGUUAUUCUGAGAUAAAGAAAGCGACCAACUCCUUCGGAAAUAAAUUAGGACAAGGGGGAUUCGGCAGUGUAUACAAAGGACAAUCAAAGGAUGGGCUUUAUGUUGCAGUGAAGGUCCUAACUGAAUUGAAAGAUGAUGGUGAGGAAUUCAUCAAUGAAGUUGCAAGCAUCACCAAAACUUGCCAUGUUAACAUUGUUAUUCUUCUUGGGUUCUGCUUCGAAGGUUCUAAACGAGCUUUGGUUUAUGAGUUUAUGAGUAAUGGGUCUCUUGAAAAGUUUAUCUUUGAAGAAAAUGACCAGAUUGCAGAUCGCCAAUUGGAUUGCAAAACAUUGUACCAUAUUGCAAUUGGUGUCGCUCAAGGGCUAGAAUACCUUCAUAAAGGAUGCAAUACUAGAAUUUUGCAUUUUGACAUAAAACCUCAUAAUAUUCUCUUGGAUGAGAAUUUCAGCCCCAAGAUUUCAGAUUUUGGACUUGCCAAAAUUUGCACAAGAAAAGAAAGUGCAGUAUCCAUAUUUGGUGCAAGAGGAACUGCAGGGUAUAUUGCGCCAGAGGUAUUUUCUAGGAAUUUUGGUGCAGUAUCACAUAAGUCAGAUGUUUACAGUUAUGGAAUGAUGGUCUUAGAAAUGGUUGGGAGGAGAAAAAAUAUUAAUGCUCAAGUUGACCGUUCCAGUGAAAUAUAUUUUCCUCAUUGGAUUUACAAUCGUCUUGAAUCAAAUCAGGAGCUUGGUCUUCGGAAUAUAAGAAAUGAAAGUGAUGACGAAAAGAUGAGAAAGAUGACAAUAGUGGGCUUAUGGUGCAUACAAACAGACCCUUCAACUCGACCAGCCAUAAGUAAAGUGGUGGAAAUGCUAGAAGGUAGUGUUGAGUUGUUGCAAAUACCACCUAAACCUUUUAUGUCCUCUCCUUCCACCUCUCCAGUCCAUUUGUCAUGUGAGACACUGUAG